CUCAUCUCAUCCCCUGUGUUGGGGGAUCUCCCUCGACGUCGUCGAAGUGGUCGUCCUAGAACACCUCGAGCGCGGUCAUGGACGCCCUCCCUGGUAGCAUGGCCACCUCACCGCUUAUCUCACCCUUUGACACCAACCCGUCUGCCUUUCCAUUUCUCCCAGUAGCCGCUCAUCACAUUCAUCAAUCUCCGGAUGAACAACUUCCGUUGAUCAACGGAGGAUCGUCACCCAAGAACAACAAGCGGAAGCGGACUCGGAACGAAGAGGAUCGUCCAGAACCUCGCCGCCUCAAGCGCACCUACGAAAGUUGCGCUCGGUGCAGAAGCAAAAAGAUAAAGUGUGAUAACAACAGUCCCCGCUGUAAAAACUGUGCCGACGCCAAUGUCGACUGUCAACAAGAGGAUCGUCAGAACAAAACACUCAAGCUCCGUGGACACGAGGAACUCCUCCAGUCCCAGCUCAACUGCUGCGUCCUGUUGCUGAAACAUCGAGAUCCUUACUUUGAUCUGAGUCGGCUGGAACAGUUCAUCUCCGACGAUAAGAUCCAAAUCUCCGAAGAGGAUGCAGAUGUCCUUCGGAAAAACUCGCAGCUUCUUAGGGGGAUUAACCCAUCUCCGCGGAGCCGACCGAUCAAGGAUCUCCCUCAGCGGCCUACACAGGGGGACAUCUCUCCCAACGAGUCAGAGGAGACCUAUGCUCCAACAUAUCCUCCUCCCCCUCCUCCUCCCCCUCUUACUAUCCCUCCAACUUUUAUUCCCCCUACCUUCCCCUUCUCUGACAGGACCGAGUUUGCGGGCACUAAGCUAGCACCCACGUUUGAGUUCGAUGGCUUGCCCCCGGAACUCGUACAUGGGAAUCCUGGUGAUGACUUGCGCGGCCAAGAUCCACGAGGGAAUGACCUCUCCAACAGCGCUGCUGCUGCGCGCUCAUUACGCGUCGACCGAAUCCUUCGCGAGUCCUCCUUCCUCAUCCCGCAUAAAGCGCGUAUGAUGAACGACGAGGACUCGCCCGAUCUUCCCGAUCGCGGGCGGACGCCUUACGAAGGCCCUGAAGUCCCUACGGACGACCCGGCACUUAUGGGCGACAUCGAGGAGAAUCAAUGGCUCAGCCGGCCCGUGAUUCGGAACGAACAUCCGGGAAAGCCCCCUACGGACAAGGAGAAAAAUCGCGUUUUUCUCCCGAAGAAUAGAACAGAAGUGGCACGUCUCGUGGACGUCUACUUCCAGCGUCUCAAUCAUCUCCGCCCAGUGUUCUCCUCUCGCGCAUGGUUUGACUACAAACUCCAGGAAGAGUACCGCCUUAUUGACAGGUGGAACGCUUUUGGAACCUUGGCGGACGAGACGGAGAAGCCAAGGCCGCCGCCGCCGCCGGAGAUCAUAAGACGCAGGAAGAAGGGGAAGAAAGAUGAGAAGGACGACGAUCCUGGUUUCCUCUGUUCUUUGUACUUGAUCCUCGCAAUCAGUCGCAUGGCGGACAUCGCUUCAGACCGCCAGGAAGCGAAGAGAUCGGACAUGAAGCAUUUCCCUGUCCCGGCACAUUUCUUCAAGAGGGCGGUCCAGAUCAAGGCCGAGCUUCGGGUCACGAUCUCCUCCCUGCAGGCGUUGAUACUAAUGCAGUGGUAUCUCUACACCGAGCGCCAUGGUCGGACCUUGUGGAGACUUGUCGGUAACUUGGUCCGCCUAGCGAUCGAGCUCGGGCUUCAUCACGACCCUAUCGAUUCUGGGGACACCUUCGACCCUGACGAGAUUGAAGAUCGCCGACGUCUGUGGUGGAUCGUCCUUGUCCAAGACCGCGGAACGUCUGUCCUUCUUGGGCGUCCUAUUGGUAUUGGCGAGAAUGACUACAACACCCACAAGCCUGAAUCUGAGACAAACUUCGACAUCGGCCUGGAGAUCACGCACAUCCAGGCGCAGAUCUGUGACACCUUGUACCGGCCCGGGAAGAUCUCUGGUGAAGAGCUGUUCAAGUUCGCCAAUGGGAUCAACACGAAGCUUGUGCAGAUGCGCGAUGCACUUCCCCCAGAGUAUCAUUUCUAUACGAAGGAUACGGAGAACUGGGGCGAUCAGCAGAAGAUGGUCCUCCUUGCGAACUUGAGUCAGGAGCAGGGGCUGACCUUGCUGAAGUACAUGAUCGCUCGCAUCAUGUUGCUUCGUGCGAUCUUCACUGCUGAAGACAUCAGCGAGCAUCAAAGAAUGCGUGCCUUGCGAGACGCACUGAUAUCUGCUCAUAACGUCCUUGUCAUCCACAGCGCUCUUCUGCAGUUCACCGACUGCGCCUUCUUUGUCUCACCUAUACCCAUCCAGAUUGCGGCCAUGGUCGUCAUCUACGCCAAGGCAAAUACCAACUUCCUCACCCGACCGGAGAGUCCCACGCCAGAGCACAUCGCCCGUGAGGAUGUCUGCUUAGCGUUACGCAUGAUUCCUCAGUUCCGAUGGCGAUGGGGACGACGAGAUUCUCAUGGUGGCCAUCCUCUAAUGAACUUUACUUCUGAGGCAGUGUUUGGUCCUAUCCUACAUGCCUUUGGUCCACCAAACCCUCCUAUGCUUAUUGCCGAGCAUCAUUUCACGGAGCCAGACGAUACCAUUCCGAUCACUUCGGGCACCUCACCGCUCUCAGGGGGAAUGCUCUCACCCAUGGAUACUCUUAAGAACGUCCAGGGUUUCGAGAACAGGAAGGCGAUCCUGAACAUCGUCUCCUCGCUGUUCCUCGGCACGACACCCUCUGUCGCCCAUCCUGACGCUUUGGAAAUCGACGAGAGCUUGCUCAACGCUGAUUGGCGUCAUGGUCGUCUUGCUGGCUUCUCGCAGGAGAAGAUGUCUCAUCUUGACGAGGGCAACGUUAAUGCUGAAGGAUCCGGGGUCCCGGAAGGUUUCGAUCUUCAGUUGCUUUUAGCGACUGCUCCCAUCAAGAGCGAUGGUUCCAUGAUACCCAGCCUGCGCCUCAAUGCAGACUGGAUGCCUGUCGUGACCGCACCUGAGAAAAUGCAGGAGAUCUUGGCCACCCAUCCGAUCAGCUCGAUCACUUCUAUGGGCUGAUAUAUAUUAUUUCUCACCAUCUUUCGUUUUAUGUGGUCUUUCGUGUUCCUCAUCUGUAUGAGUCACCUUCUUGUCUACC